CCUUUAUUAUACCUUUCAAAUUUCUCACUUCAACUUUGAGAGCUUCUUUAUUUCUCUUUCUCCACCUAAAGAAGAAAAAAAAAAUGAGCAACAUAAGCAUGGUAGAGGCAAAGCUUCCACCAGGAUUCAGGUUCCAUCCAAGAGAUGAAGAACUUGUGUGUGAUUACUUGAUGAAGAAGGUGACACACAAUGAUUCCCUUCUCAUGAUAGAUGUUGACCUUAACAAGUGUGAACCAUGGGAUAUUCCUGAAACAGCAUGUGUGGGAGGGAAGGAAUGGUAUUUCUACACACAAAGAGACCGUAAGUAUGCAACAGGGCUACGCACAAAUCGUGCCACUGCUUCAGGGUAUUGGAAGGCCACAGGGAAGGACAGACCUAUCCUUCGUAAGGGCACCCUUGUUGGUAUGAGAAAGACUUUGGUGUUCUAUCAAGGAAGGGCACCCAAAGGGAGAAAAACUGAGUGGGUCAUGCAUGAAUUUCGUAUUGAAGGCCCACAUGGACCUCCUAAAAUUUCUUCUUCCAAGGAGGAUUGGGUUUUGUGUAGGGUGUUCUACAAGAACAGAGAAGUUGCAGCCAAACCUAGCAUGGGUAGCUGCUAUGAGGACACAGGCUCUUCAUCUCUUCCUGCAUUGAUGGACUCAUACAUAAGUUUUGACCAAACACAAACCCAAACCCAUGCAGAUGAGUUUGAGCAAGUGCCCUGCUUCUCCAUUUUCUCUCAGAACCACCAAACAAGUCCCAUUUUCAACCACAUGGCCACUACCAUGGAGCCCAAGUUACCUGCAGCCAACCAUGUAAGUGCCUAUGGAGGAGCACCAAACCUGGGUUACUGCUUAGACCCUUUUUCCUGUGACAGAAAAGUGUUGAAAGCUGUUUUGAGUCAAAUCACAAAGAUGGAUAGGAAUCCUCUUAACCAAAGUCUAAAAGGGUCACCAAGCUUAGGAGAAGGAAGCUCAGAGAGUUACUUAUCUGAAGUGGGGAUGCCCCACAUGUGGAACAAUUACUGAUGUGGGACCUCCCUCUCCCCCAAGGGGAAAAAAAAAUAAGAACAAGAAAAGAAAGAAAAUGGUUAAUUACAAUGGGGGAGAUUAAAUUAAUCCAUUGUUUUAAGUCAUGGUGAUUGGUGAGUGCCUAUGUUUAAAUUGUGGUGUUUAGCUAUUAAUAUUUACCCAUCCAUGAUGUGUCCCAAUAUAUUAGGAAAAUGGGACUUGUAAUUUAAACUUAUAAAUAUUUGUAGUUGAUUUUAGUUAGUGGAUGAAUUAAAUGCUGAAAUGUCUCUGUCUUUAUAAUGGAGAAGUUUUCCCGAUA